UGGAAGUGCGUCAGUUCCGUUAACAAUUGGCAAUAACUAUCAAUGGAACAGGAAAGUUAACACUAAAAUGGAGGUGAUAAUUCGUCUUCUUGAUCUUGGCUAUAGUGUUUUUAUAAGUGACGUUGAUGUUUAUUAUCUUGCUGACCCGAUGAGUUACUUUGAUGAAGGGGUGGAUGUUGUUAUACAAGACGGAUGGGAGAUGCUUAACCCUGGGUUCAUGUUUGUAAAUAACACAGCUGAGUCAAAGCAACUCUUCAAACGCACGUGGGACAAGGUCCUCAAAACAAACUGGAUGAUAAAAGAACAAGUGAAUGUGGAUGAAGAAAUAAAAACUAUGUCCGAGCAAAAAACUCUAAAAUAUAAAAGACUACUAGCAUCUCUUUUUCCAUGUGGAAAAGCAUAUUUCAAGCCACGUCCAAUUGCAUUGGAAAAACCAAGCGGUUUUGUUGCAGUUCAUAACACCCACAUCAAAGGACUGGAAGAGAAAAUCUAUAGAUUCAAAGAACAUUUAUUUUGGAUCAACGAUCGAAAUGGUUAUUUCACUUCUCUAGACUCACGAUAUAUCCAGUAUGAUAAUCCUAACAUUGGAUUUGAUAAUAAGACACUCCUUACUGAAACAAUUGCUCUGAGGAACGCAAUUGCGAUCGCAAAUUUAACCAAUCGGAUUUUAAUUCUCCCAAAAUUUUUCUGUUUUGGAACACGCUGUUCAUUGGCGAUUUGCCCAAAAAAUAUGACAGGUUCGUGCCCUUUAUCAGCUCACUUUAUUCCUAGAGCGUUUGAGCAUACAUUUAAAGGUCAGUACAGAGAAAGUACAUUCUUGAUCAACCCAAGAGUGCCAUAUCGGGUAAAACGUAGCAUUUCACCAUCAUUACUUCUAAACAACUUUCAAAAUAUUUGUUUUAGUGUCAAUCAUGAUCUUCUACUGAGUGUCAACAACACCAGCAUUUCAAGCAAUCAACAAAAUAAUGAAGUUUAUUUUGAGGACUUUACUGCUCUAUUGGAACCAUAUAAAAAGUUCAGGAUUUUAAAAUUCAGCAGCUUGUAUUAUGGUUUUAAGGGUUUUAAAGAUCUAAAGAAGCAACAAUGGCUUGACUCUAAAUGUAAAACUGGACUAGCGAGAAGGUGGCGAUGAUCACUGAAAAGUUCCAUACAUAGUACAUGUACUGUCACAAUAUUUCCUGUACAUGAUGGACAAACAGCUGACUUGGAUUUAAAAUGGCCCUGGUCACUGAAUAAGUAUACCUAGUUCAAAAUAAUAGUCAUACAUACUGUACUUCUACUUAAUUUGAUGCUUCUUAUUUUGGCAGACUUGCUGUUUUGAGCAUUUGGCAGCUACUUAAAAUUUGGCGGAGUUGCAUUAUUACAAUGUACUAAUGGUAUUAAUAUUAACAUAGUACUAAAAUUACCAGGGAAAUUGGCAGCUACUUAAUUUUUCAGACUUUAACAAUUUGGCAGGUCCACCAAAUUAAAAUGGCCACCAAAUUAAGUAGAAGUACAGUAUAUAGAUGUGAAUUAUAUGUAAUCAUGAAAUAUCAAAAAUAAAUGGGUGCAAAUAAUAAG